AUGCCCGUCUCUCAUAUUGGCUUGACCGUCUCUCAUCUGCCAACGUCAUGUUCCUUCUUCCUGUCCGCAUUGCAGCCUCUGGGUUACCGGUUCAUUGGUCAACAAGGAAACCAAAUUGGGCUUGGAAUUACAGACGCUGACUUCUUCAUAUGUCAGGAAACACCGGGGUAUGGAAAUCUGCAUAUUUGUUUGGGGCGAAAGAAAGGAUUCCCGCUGACCAGUAUUUUGCUAUCUAGGGUAAAAGCAGGCGCUGCACAUAUUGCUUUCACUGCGCGGACGAGAGGCAUUGUAGAGGACUUUUUUGCCUGUGCGCUCAAAGCCGGCGGACGUCCGAAUGGAGAGCCGGCGCUUCGAAAUGCAGAAACAGGAUACUUCAACGCAGCCGUGCUGGACAUGGACGGGAACAGCGUCGAGGUCGUCCACCGAGAUGGCCAAGACGACGACGCAAAGUCCAUGAUCCUCUCCGAGAAAAUUCGAAACACCUCUCGAGUUUUGACCUGGCGAAGAGAUUCUGCAGGGCGGAUCUGCGACGAUGAUCGGUCUCUGGUCAGUGCAGGUGGAAGAGGGGGAGCUCGGUCACUGGUCGAGAGUGAAGCGCCGCCGCAUUCUGUCAUUGUCCCUUCAUCGCAGCAGUCGUCGAGAGCUCCAGUUGCAUAUCAGCAGCCUCCGCAGCAACUGCAACAACAGCAAGUCCCCGUGGCGGCCGCCACGACCACCACGACCUCGAAUAAUGGCGAUAAUGGCACGGCAAAGACCAUCAUUGGCACGCUGCUGGGCGCAGCAGCUGGCGCGGCCGUGGCAUAUGCCAUGACCAAGGGCGAUUCGCAAAGCAACGAGACGUCACAACCCCAGCCGCCUCAAGCAGUGCAGCAGCAACAACAACAACAACCGCAAUACCUCGAGUCAGCCCCACCACCGCAGCCGCCACCGACAGCACCAGCACCAGCACCAGCACCAGCACCAGCACCAGCACCAGCACAAUCUCAAUUUCAACCCCAACCUCAAUUCCAGCCUCAGCUGGCUCCUAGCAACAUUGGCGGCGGGGCUGCCCAGGCAUAUUACUACCCAGCCAGUUCUCGCGGCAGUCCCAGCGUAUUCCAAGACGUCCAAUACGGACCUCCGCCAUCGUCGGCAGCAGGUUCGCGAAGCGUAGUUAGCCAAAGACCCUCGCUCGUAUCCCGCCACUCGACAUCGACUGUGCGGCGGGCCAUCGAGGCUCCACCUCCACCUCCAUCUUCAUCUGCGGUUGAGCAGCAGAAACAAGGGCCUGACCGCCAAAGCACGCUCAUCGACACGUACGUCGCGUCGGAAGCACCGCGGUACUUACCCGCGUAUGCCGACACCGCCAUCACCGGGCCCACCAACAACACGACGUCCUCGUCUCGGUUGUCGUCGUUGUCCAAGAAGAAGAGCAACUCCGGCAGUAAAUCCUACUACUAUGCCCCUUCUCAAGUCUCUUCUUCUGCUCGGCCCCACUCGCACCACUCCGCCUCGGCGCCUGCCGGAUCUGUCCUUACCACCAACACCAACUCCAACUCCCGCUACGACAACAACAAUGACGGCGGCCGUGGAGGAGGCGGGGGAUCCGGUGGUUCAAUCGUCGGCAGCGUAUUAGGUCGCGCGCCAUCCAUUGCGCCCAGCGAAUCCAUUAGCAACGUCGGCUCCUCGCGACGCGGCUCCUCGCAUGCUGCGUAUGAACCUUCUGUCCAUUCAGUUCGUUCUGGCCGCUCAAUCGCCCGCUCAGCCGCACGAUCCCCGUCUCGUUCGCGAUCUGCUUCUCGCUCGCGCUCAGAAUCUCCCCGCUCGAAAAUCUCUCGCGCUGCUACACGCUCCAAAGUCUCCAAAGCCCCUUCAUCCCAUUCACACGCGCCUUCCAAAGCCCCGUCUCACGUCCCGUCAUCUCAUUCUCAUGCUCCUUCUAGAGCACCUUCGUCUCAUUCGCAUACUCCGUCCAAAGCCCCGUCUUCUCAUUCCCACGCCCCUUCAAAAUCGCCUUCCUCCCAUUCCCACGCACCCUCUAGAGCUCCAUCGCAUACUCCAUCCAAAGCCCCGUCGUCUCACUCCAAAGCCCACUCACACAUAUCCACCUCAUCUUCAUCCCGCCGCCCCAGCGCCCCCGCCUCCGCACGCGACUCUCCAUCUCCAUCUCCAUCCGCAGCCAUCAUAGACGAAGAAUCCCCCGCCUUCGCCACCAACGCUGCCGCCGACGAUGACGCCGCAUCCACCGCCUCGUCGCAACGCACUAUCCGCCCCGCGGCCGCUGCUCCUCAUAGGACCAGCUCGUCAAGCAGUUCUCGCAAAGGCGGAUCAAAACCAGGAUCAGUCGUAUCUCUGCCCACGCGCAGCAAGAGCAGUCUGGUCAGCGGCCUGGGCGACGCAGCGCGGCGCAGCGUAGCGAGCUUUGCGCCUGCAGGUCCGUCGUACUCGUCAUCUUCUGCGCCGUUGCGGGUCGGCUUGUUUGGCGCGUCUGCUGCCUCGUCUGUCGAGAGCCGCGAGGGCGGGGCGAGGGGGUGGGAGUAG